UACAAUUAUUCAUUUAACUGUGCAGUUACAGUAAUGCAACCCAUUUCCCAGCACAAGUGGGUCCUGGGUUGUUCAUUGCAUUGACUUCCACAAGGAUCCUUGGGACCAGUCGGACAAGAUGGGGUACCACCUAAUCGUGAAGAUGAGAUACAGGUCCUUGACUGAAGUUCUUCAAUUGUACAGGGACCUACCACCCAUACUACACAGAUUUUACUGACUGAAGUCCCUAAGUCUGUUUUUGAACUAGUGGGAGAGCCUGCUCAUCUAUCAACGAAGCCACGACCCAGCUCUUGGAAGUGAGAGCUGAGCUCUUCUCCCUGUGUGCAACGCUGAAGGAAUCCAAGAAAUUCAACUGCCAGCGCUGAAUCCAAGAAAUUCAACUGCCAGCGCGUCUCUAGUUUCUAGAAAGUCACACUUUCUUCAGAUGCAAGUUCUCCAGCUUUGUCCCUGGCUGUCAUAGCGCUGUGAGCUGUUUAAAGCUUCUUUCUAAACUCUCAGAGAUAACAGAAUCUGUCACUGGAAUAGAGAGACAGAGAAGCAACCUCUCACUUGACUGAUGAGAUUUUGAGCUCUGGCCAAGCCUCUGGGUGUGAAUUCCGGAACAAUGUGGACCUUGGCACUGUGGGUGUUCCCUCUACUUUGCAAAUUCAGCCUGGCAGUUCUGCCAGCUAAGCCCGAGAACAUUUCCUGCAUUUUCUACUUUGACAGAAGUAUGAAUUGUACUUGGAGUCCAGAGGAAGAAAUUGGUGACACCAAUUAUACCGUGAGGCUGACUUACUCCUUUGGGAAAAAGAGUUGCAUCAAGCAGGUCACAAAUGCUUCGUGUUCCUUUCCCAGUUCGUAUAUAAUAUACCCAGAUAUCUGCACUGUUGAAGUAGAAGCUCAGAACGGAGACGGGAGCACGAAAUCUGACAUCACAAGCUGGAACCUCGACCACAUACUGAAAACUGAACCACCUAUAAUUUUAAGCGUGAAUCCAGUUUCGCGUCAGAUGUUCCAGAUAUGGUGGAAACCCCGUGAGAAUAUUCUUAUCGAUCCUCUAAGGUGCACCCUUCGGUUCAGGGCUGUGAACAGUACCCACUGGAAAGAGGUCAGUUUCGAGGAUCAUAACAAGGUCUACAACCUCACGGGGCUUCAGGUUUUCACGGAAUAUGUCAUAGCUCUACGAUUCAAGACCAAUGAGUCAAGAUUUUGGAGCAACUGGAGCCAAGAAAUAAAUGGAGUGACUAUGGAGGAAGUUCCGCACAUCCUGGACCUGUGGAGAAUUGUGGGCCCAGCCGGCAUGGACGGAGUGAGGAAGGUGGUGCUGCUGUGGAAGAAGGCAAAAGGAGCCCCAGUCCAGGAGAGAACACUUGGCUACAACAUACAGUACUUUGCAGAAAACAGCACCAACCUCACAGAGAUAAACAAUGUUACCAGCCAGCAGUAUGAACUGCUUCUGACUGGCCAGACACACCACGUGUCUGUGAUUUCUUUUAAUUUUCUUGGGCAGUCUCAAGAGGCUGUCCUGAGGAUCCCAGCUGCUCAUGAGGAGACCAUCCGGUGCAUCAGAGACAUGCACGCCCGCCUUGCUGAGCCUCUGCUGGUGGUGGAGUGGGAGAGCUCCACUCCCGAGGUGGACUCUUGGAUGGUGGAGUGGCUCCCAGAAACGGCGGAGUCGGAGUUCUCUGCCCUUUCCUGGGAGUCCGUGUCUCACGUCACAAACUGGACCAUCGAGCAAGAUAAAUUAAAGCCUUUUUUGUGCUAUAAUAUAUCAGUGUAUCCAGUGCUGGGACAAGAAGUGGGCCAGCCAUAUACCAUCCAAGCUUACGCCAAAGAAGGAGCUCCAUCCGAAGGUCCUAGGACCAGGGUGGAGAACAUCGGUCUGAAGACAGCCACAGUCGUAUGGGAAGAGAUUCCCAAGAAUAGAAGAAUGGGAUUUAUCAAUAACUACACCAUAUUUUGCCAAGCUGAAGGUGAAAAAGAAUUCUCCAAGACAGUUAACUCACAAGUCCUGCAGUAUGACCUGGAGUCUUUGACACGAAGGACCUCUUAUACCGUAUGGGUUGUGGCCAACACUGGAGCUGGGGGGACCAAUGGGGAAACUAUAAACUUCAGGACCUCGUCAAUCAGUGUCUUUGAAAUUAUCCUCCUGACAUCUCUGGUUGGAGGAGGCCUUCUCCUCCUUAGCAUCUUCACGGUGACGUCUGGUCUCAAAAAGCCAAACUGGUUGACUCGUCUGUGUUGUCCUGAUGUUCCCAACCCUGCUGAAAGUAGUUUAGCCACAUGGAUCGGAGAUGAUUUCAAGAGAAAGUCCAGUCCGAAGGAGUCUGACAACCCUGGGAGCACAGAAGACAGGAUCCUAAAACCAUGCUCUAUCCCCGCUGACCUCAUUGACAAGUUGGUGGUAAACUUCGAAAACUUUCUGGAAGUCCUUUCCGCAGAGGAAGCUAGGAAAGGUCAGGAGAGCAUUCUGGGAGGAGAGGCCAAUGAGUAUGUGACCUCUCCGUCGAGGCCUGACUGUCCCCCAGGGGGAAGCUUUAAGAGGCCCCCUGCAACCGAGGUUAUUCCUGGAGACACCCAUAACCAGGGUUUGGGAACAACUGAAGAGACAUACACAGAAUUCGAUGAGCAACUUCUGUCUUCCCGUCGGAGUCCAGGACCAGAGCCUCUCAGUGAGGAGCGACCUCCGAAUCCGUAUCUGAAAAAUUCAGUGACCACCAGGGAGUUUCUUGUGCAUGGAAAUAUCCCAGAGCACACCAAGAGAGAAAUCUAAGCGCCGCUGAGGAGUGAGCCCUCGCAGACUGCGUGGGUCCCUUCCCUAGCAAAGACACCGCGAGACUUCCAGAAGUCUUCUUUGGCCCCUCCCCAUUCGUUUUGCUGCUAAGUCUCUAGGAACAUGGUGACACAGAUGUCAACUUGUUCUAGGAAGAAGGAAGUGCUUUACAAAGAAAAUCAAGUCACUUUCUUCCAAGUACUCUCGCCCAGCCCCUUUGAGACAAUGACUUCGAGAGAAGGACCCAGUUUCAGAUCCUAAAGGACGAAGUUACCCAGCCACUGCUGAAGCUGCCCUGAGGGUUCCAGGACGGUUGUUUGGUUGGUACUUGAUUCCUGUGGGAAUCUGAUCUCUACCCUUCCUCACCCUGUUCCUGAACAAGAUUUCUCCCUUUGGUGCAGAGGCCAGGAAGUGGAGUGGCUUCCUAAUGGUUUGCCAGGCUCCUUAGCCCUUGCUCCAUCUCAAGGGUCUUCCUCAUGCCCUUCCUAGGACUCUUCACCACCAAUUUAUAUUUAGUUUUUUAUUUUUGCAACACUCGGGGAUGAACCCAGCAGGGUCUUGUUUAUGUUAGGCAAGUGUUCUCCACAUCCCAUCCGCCCCAGGUUUAUUACACACCGACAGCUAGUAAAUCAGGAAAUGGGAGACGCUCCAGAAAGGCACUGGUCUGGACCGUGGGCUAGGCAGCAGGUAUGCCUGCUCUGUUGGCCAUUUCUCUUCUGGCUUGCGCCGUAUCUGGUAGUAGAAGGCACCAAACAUUGCAGUGGCUGUUGUUCAGAGACACUGCCUCUCACGCUGGCGUGGAGCCCAGGAAUGCUUACUGAGCAGACUGGAAAAGGUCUCUCCCAGCCACACACAAUCAGGGCCUGGGAGCACACAGUGCUCAGCAACUUCACUGCUGUGUCCUGAGACCUCUGCCCCUUUGCUAUAGCCAAGCACAGAGCUCGUGACCAGAGGGAGUG